GUUUUUCAUGUCCCUCUCCAGAAAAGUCGAAAAUAGUCAAGAUACUUAUUGGGAAAGUUCUUUGAACAGGAUUCCUUUUGCUACUCAUAUAUGGUCAGAGUGUCACAGAAAUGGGUUGGAAAGCAAAUGUUUAGACUCCACAAAAGUGGAUAGUUUAUGGGAAAGGAACUCAACUGUUUGUUCUUAUAGUUGUGAGAAUGGAAACAAAACGAAUAGAAAUAACAAAACUCAAAGGAAAAGGGCUCCUUGGAGACCUAAUUGGCCUAUUACUAGUGUUGUGUUGAAUAACUAUGAAACACCAAGCCUUCCUGUAGUCCAUUUUUUUAUUGAGGAUAAUGACACAAAAAGCAAAGUAAUGGAAAGAAAUAAUACAACUAGUCAAUGGCACUCGGAGGAACCUUUUUGUGGAUCCUAUCCAAGUGGUUUGUUAGGAGAUAUUGCUUUAGAGAGACAGGACUGGAAAUGGGAUGAUAAUAACCAACAAGACCAUGAGUUGCCAACUGGAUUGAAUUUGCGUCAAAUUUCUCGCUUUUUAGAAGUAUCCAUGGAUAGACUUACUGUUCGUUAUGUAGGUUCUGCUUGUUAUGAACACGAAGUGGGAACAAUACAAGCCGAUAAACCUAUACCUACUGGAACAGUGGAUAUUUUCUAUUUCGAAGUUGAAAUUCUUUCUUGUGACUCUGAAAAUGUUUCUAUUGCAGUUGGUUUAUCUAGGAGGGUUCAAGACUUUUGCAAAUCUAUUGGUGAAGAACCUGGUUCUUUUGCUUAUCGAGGAAAAGAUGGAAAGAUAAAAACCCAUGGCUCGGUAGCUAUGAACUAUGCCACACCUUAUCAACAAGGAGAUGUAAUUGGUUGUGGUUAUCUUUUUGAAACACGACAAAUAUUUUUUACAAAGAAUGGAGUAAUGUUAGGAAUGGCCUUUUCUCAAGUGGAGAGUCAUUUAUAUGCUUCCGUAUCUUUACACAGACCCAAUGAAAAAGUUUCCUUUCGUUUUGGUAGUCUUGAUGAUGUCAAGUCUACUUUUGUGUUUUCUAACGUUUCUUGGAGAAAUGAAUGGAAAGAAUCGAAAAGGAAACAAAUACAAGACAUAGAAUUAUCACCUUGUAUCUCUCUCAAAUAUGUUGCAGAAUAUUUGUUGCGUUGUGGAUAUCAACAAACUUUUUUAGCAUUCAAGUCAAAUACGGAUGGAAUUCUUUCUUACAAUGCAUUGGAGGACUCUGUAGAGUUACGUGGUAAAGUGCGUGAAUAUAUUAUGCAAGGUCAAAUAGAACAAGCUGUUUCUUUUGUUGAAGAACACAAACCAAGUUUGUUACAAGUCGGAAGUUGGAGUUGUUUUGCAUUGACUUGCCAAAGAUGGAUCGAAUGGUUGAGAGACUCAAACAAGUCUUCUUGUUUAUCAGAAAUGGUACAAGUUUCUAUUUCGUAUUUAUCACCUCUUAUUCCUUGGAUGAAUGAAGAACAAGAAAGAUUCUUUUAUCCACUUGUUUAGUAUUUGGCAACGUUCUGCAGUCGCUGAUAUUGUGAAUGAUGCUUGG